AUGGGCUCUAUCACACCAAAGCCGACAAUCUACCUGCUUGAAGUAUUCCCACCAAAAGCCGUCGAGUAUUGCCAGCAGCGAUUCCACACCGUUCUACCAACAGACCCGGAGGUCGAUCACUGGCGCGAGAAAGCAAGCGCGAUUCUCGUCCGCGAGAAGACCAUCUCCGCCGAGGACAUCAACAGCGCCCCGAAUCUGCGUGUGAUUGGCAAGCAAGGAGUUGGAAUUGAUAUCAUUGACCAGGAUGCCUGCGCCGCACGUGGGAUUCCGAUUCUCAACACGCCGGGAGCUAAUGCACAAUCUGUGGCCGAACUUGUUCUUGCCUUGACUCUCGCUGUCGCAAGACAGCUGGGACCAAUCGUAUCGAAGCAGGCCGUCGGGAAAGAAGUCCGCAAAGAACACUGCUCCGGCGUGAUGUUGACUGGAAAGACCAUUGGAGUCAUUGGGAUGGGUAGUAUCGGUCUUGCAGUAGCUCAGAUGUUCCGGGGCGCCUUUAAUGUCAAGAUCUACGCCUACGACCCUUUUGCACCUAAGGAUGCGUGGGAAGAUGUUCCUCACAUGCGGGUCCAGGAGGUGGCGGAGCUUCUUCCGCAUGUUGAUGUAUUGACGCUUCAUUUGCCUUUAAACAAGAAUACCAGAAAUCUCAUUGCUUGGCCGCAGCUCGAGGCGAUGAAGUCGGACUCUAUCUUGAUCAAUGCUGCUCGUGGUGGAAUUGUGAAUGAGGAUGACCUGCUGCGGGCGCUUCAGGGAGGAGUCAUUGCGGGUGCCGGACUCGAUUGUCACAAGACUGAGCCGCCGGUGCUGAAGGAUUACGAGAAAUUCUGGGCCACUGGACGGGUUAUCAGUACUCCUCACAUUGGAGCCACCACCAAGGAAACACAGGUCCACACUGCCACCACCGCGCUGGACAGAAUUUAUAAAUUUCUGACCGAUUAG